CGGCGCUUUGCUUUCUGUGUCCGAGUUGUUGAUCCUCAAGAUGUCCGAGACUGCUCCUGCCGCUCCUGCCGCCGCUCCCCCAGCGGAGAAAGUUCCUGUGAAGAAAAAGACUGCCAAAAAGCCUGCCGGUGUGCGCCGUAAGGCAUCGGGGCCUCCGGUGUCCGAGCUCAUCACCAAGGCUGUCGCUGCCUCCAAGGAGCGCAGUGGGGUGUCCUUGGCCGCGCUCAAGAAGGCGCUGGCGGCCGCCGGCUACGAUGUGGAGAAGAACAACAGCCGCAUCAAGUUGGGCCUCAAGAGCCUGGUGAGCAAGGGCACCCUGGUGCAGACCAAGGGCACCGGCGCCUCGGGUUCCUUCAAGCUCAACAAGAAAACGGCUUCCGGGGAAGCCAAGCCCAAAGCCAAGAAGGCGGGCGCUGCCAAGCCGAAGAAGCCCGCCGGCGCAGCCAAGAAGCCGAAGAAGGCGACGGGCGCGGCCACCCCCAAGAAGAGCGCCAAGAAGACCCCCAAGAAGGCGAAGAAGCCGGCUGCAGCUGCUGUGACCAAAAAAGUGGCCAAGAGUCCAAAGAAGGCUAAGGUUGCCAAGCCGAAGAAGGCAGCCAAGAGUCCAGCUAAGGCCGUGAAACCCAAGGCCACCAAGCCCAAGGUUGUCAAGCCCAAGAAGGCGGCACCCAAGAAGAAGUAAGUGAGCUUCUUCUAAAACCCCAAAGGCUCUUUUCAGAGCCACCACUGACAUCAAAAAAAGAGCUGGAUAUUUGCUUUUUUCUAUCUGCCUUGCCCUUUUCACCCCUACUCUGGAGGACAAUUGCGCGGGCUGGCACUUCCAAGUUAGGCUUGAAAGGGUGUCCAUAGUGAAGUUAAUAACGCUACGACCCCUUCCGAUAGCUAGCCUGUCCCUAGGCUUGCCGUUCCUAAUUAGCCUGGUCAGCUGCUCUGAGGCGUUCUCCGCGGGCUGUACUCGAGAUAAACCUCCAGCCCCUCCCCGUGGGCUGCAAAAACAGCCGCAAGUAAGCCAGUUUCUUAGUCCUAAGGAAUACCCAGAUUGGACCAAAAAGUAAUUCAAAAGUCCCGCCCUGCUCUGGGGUUGGCCCACUUCUCCAGCCCAUGAUUUUCAUUCUGUAUUUAACUGGGUGGUGCCCGGCGUUUAUUACAUGUUUUGCUUCAAUUGGGUUUGGAAGUUUUUCCUUUUCGUCUGGUAAAUGUGUUUGGUAUUUCGGACACUUCUCAUGUGAUCGAUAGUCAAGUUGGUUUCUCCUGGGAGUGUUGGUAACAUCCAGCCCGGGGAGGAGAGUGGGUGCAGGCCCUUUGUCCUGCAUUCGUCUGCUGUUGGUUCCCGACAACAAAGGAAUAUACAAAAAGCAGCUACAGCAGCGGCAACGACCCUUCCACUCGGGACAAUGCUGGACUAGGCAUCUUCUGUUCCUUUUACGCAGCUUUCCGCAAACGUGUGAUGAUGGCUUUGAGCACAUCAAAAACAACUUUGAGUCAGCCAUUUUGUCCUGGCGUGAGGGUUACCUUUCCUCACUUCAGAUAGACUUUAACACCUAAAAACCCAAGUUGCUUUUAAUGCUUUUUUGUGCAGUCUACGCGGAGAACAAAGUAUUUGUUAACUGUUGGAAGUGUGUGUGUGGACGAGGAGCAUGUUUCUAAUAAAGGCCUUUAGUUUUCA